CCCAUUCUCUCUUUCUCUCUUCUCUGGAUCUCCAAAAUCACCAUUGACUGAUCGAUUUUCGCAGCUCCCACCCAAAAUCGCCACUCUUCCAUCGCCAGUAUCUUGAUUCCGCUUGCUUAGGGCUCUGAAAUCUUUGGAGGAUCUACCCACACUUUCCCUCCUUCCUCACCUCUCCAUUUUCGCCACCAUGUUCUGGAAGCUUGCGUCUCUCUCGGCAUCGUCUCCUGUGAGUUUUUAAGAGGUGGAGUCGAUACUAGACAAAGAGCAUUUCACGUUGGAAGAGCUUCUUGACGAGGAAGAGAUUAUCCAAGAAUGCAAAGCUUUGAAUAGCCGACUCAUAAAUUUUCUGAGGGAUAAAGCUCAAGUGGAGCAACUGUUGCGGUAUGUUGUUGAAGAACCUCAGGACGAUGCUGAUAGCAAACGUGCUUUCAAGUUUCCAUUCAUCUCUUGCGAGAUUUUCACAUGUGAAAUUGAUGUUAUUCUUAAGACUUUGGUGGAGGAUGAGAAGCUGAUGGAUUUGCUAUUCGCCUUCUUAGAACCGAAUCGUCCUCAUAGUGCGUUGCUGGCAGGCUAUUUCGGCAAGGUUGUCAUAUGUCUUAUGGUCAGAAAGACUGCAGCACUUAUGAACUAUAUAAAAGGGCAUGAAAAUUUUUUUAGCCAAUUGGUUGAUCUAAUUGGAAUUACAUCCAUUAUGGAGGUUUUGGUUCGCUUGGUUGGGGCUGACGAUCAUGUCUAUCCCAACUUUCUGGAUGUGAUGCAAUACUUGGCUGAUAGCGAUUUACUUGAAAUGAUUGUGGACAAGCUAAAUCCAUCUAGUCCUCCUGAGGUUCAGGCAAAUGCAGCAGAAACAUUAUGUGCAAUCACUCGAAAUGCGCCUUCAGCUUUAGCUACAAAACUCUCUAGCCAUGGCUUUGUUUCUAGGAUAUUUGGUCAUGCUAUAGAAGAUUCACAUUCAAAAUCUGGCCUAGUUCAUUCACUUACUGUAUGCAUCUCUCUGUUAGAUCCGAGGAGAUCUGCUGUGUCAUCGCCUUUCUUCAAUUCUUAUAGAGGUCAACAUAUGUUUGAGUCUCCUAUACCAGUUACCCAGGAGACUAUUGGUGCUAUGCUACCUAAACUUGGUGACAUGCUUAUGCUUCUCAGUGUAGCGUCUGACAGCAAAGUUUUACCAACAUCGUAUGGAGAGCUGAGGCCGCCUCUUGGAAAGCAUCGUCUGAAGAUCGUAGAAUUCUUUGCAGUUCUGUUGAAAUCUGGAAAUGAAGCUGCUGGUAAAGAAUUAGCGAGCUCUGGAACAAUUAAAAGGAUCCUUGAACUAUUUUUCGAGUACCCAUACAAUAACGCUCUGCAUCACCAAGUGGAGAGUAUAAUACUUUCUUGUUUGGAAAAUAAGAGCGAAACAAUGGUUAACCAUAUCCUUCAAGAAUGCAAUCUGAUUUCCAAAAUUCUUUCAUCAGACAAAGACUCGGUUCUUUCCGGUGAUAACCUGCCUACCGUGGUUGCCACUGGGAAAAAACCACCACGGGUUGGAUAUGUUGGACAUAUCACAAGACUGUUGAAUAAACUUGUCCAGCUGAGUGAUAGCAAUGGCCUGAUAAAGGCAUCUCUUCAGGAAAACAGUGAAUGGAAGGAGUGGCAAAGUAGUGUUCUGCAGGAGCGCAACACUGUUGAGAAUGUGUACAGAUGGGCAUGCGGGCGCCCAACUACAGUACAAGAUAGAACAAGGGAUAGCGACGAGGAAGACAGGGAUUACGAUGUUGCAGCUCUGGCCAAUAAUUUGAGCCAAGCAUUUAACUAUAGAAUCUAUGGAAACGACGAUAAUGAAGAGGACCAAAAUACUCUUGACAGAGACGAUAGUGAUGCUUACUUCGACGAUGAAUCUGCUGAGGUAGUGAUUUCAUCCUUGAGACUUGGUGAUGACCAAGGAAGUUUGCUCACAAACUCGAACUGGUUCUCAUUCCAAGACGAGAGAUUCAGCGACGCGACCUCAGACACAACGAUCGAAGACGUGAACAUGAACGGAAACUCAAGUGCCAACAAUAGCAGCAGCAGUGACGAUGAAGUUCUGGUCGGAGAAGAAGACGAUGACUUAACCGACGAGAAACCGAAUAUCUCUGCCGAAACUUUAUCAACAUCAGACUCAACAACCAUCAACGCAUCAGAGAAGAACAACGAUGAACCAUCUGAAAUGGAAGUCACUAGCUCCGGUCUAAACCCAUUGAUCAUCGACGUACCAAUGGUCGAUGUCAAAACCGAACCGGUGAUUCCAAACGGUUCUCCGGGUCAGAAAUCGCCUCCGGCGGUGAGAGCGUUGUUCGAAGAGGAUGUGGAGUUUGUUGGAGUGGAACCACAAGGGACAGAGAAAGCAAUGGAGCAAGCUUUGAAAGAAGGAAUCGUCGGUGAAGCUGGACCAUUGAAGCGGAGUAUCGUUCAUAAAGUUGCGGAAAACGAAAACCAGGAGAAGGAGAAUUCGGGAGUGGAAGAGUUUAACGAUUCGAAUUAUUGGAGGGUUGAUCAAGAAGUUACGGUUCUUGAGUAAAAUAUAUAAAGGUAUACAAUAAAAACAACAAUACAAAGAGAGAGCCUGAAGAAAGAAAGUCUGUUUUUUUUUUUUUAUAGAGUUUUUGAUGAUGCUCUGUUUCUGUUUUUUUGUUUGUCUAAUUAUUAUAAAUUUUAAAAUGUCUCAAACUUACUCGUUUGGCUAUUAUACUACUCUCUCCGUUUCACAAAAAGUGUUAUUCUGACAUUUUUUUUGUUUCAAAAAGAAUGUCGUUUUAAAA